GGCGGGGGGGGGGGGGGCGGACCAAUGGGAAGGGCGGCGAUGGCGGCGCGCGCGGCGGUGUGCCUGGCCGGGCUGGCGCUGUCGCUGUACGCGCUGCACGUGGAGCGGGAGCACGCGCGGGACCCCGGAUACCGCGCCGCGUGCGACCUGGCGCCCGCCGUGUCCUGCACGCGCGUGUUCGGCUCCCGGUGGGGGCGUGGCCUCGGGCUGGUGCAGCCGCUGCUGGGUCCCGACAGCGUGGCCAACGUUCCCAACGGCGCCAUCGGGGUCGCGUUCUACCUGCUGCAGGGGCUGCUGGGGCCGGCGCGCGGGCGCGCGGUGACGCUGGCGCUGCUGGGCUCGUCGGCGGCGGCGCUGGCGGCCUCGCUGUGGCUGGCGGGGGUGCUGGCGCUGGUGCUGCGCGACCUGUGCCUGGUGUGCCUGGCCACCUACGUGCUCAACGCGCUCCUGCUCGUCCUCAACCUGAAACGGCUGCGGAAACACAAAACCGCCUGAAAUGAACCCAAAGUGGGGGGGGGGCACCUCAUCCCGGUCCCCAAUAAAACAGGGGGGGUCACCUCGUCCCCAAAAACCA